AUGGGCGACCAAGCUUGCUUGGAUACAGCCCCCCGUACCCCGGACCUGGAGCGAAAUGACAGCGGUGACUUCUUGAAAAACCACACCGUUCGGGAUUUCUCGUGGACCGGGCUGACCGUCACGGUCAAGGACCGCGAGACAAAGAAGGCGCGAGAUUUGAUCUGUGAUAUUAGCGGGGAUGUGCAGCAAGGAGAGCUGGUGGCCUUGAUGGGCCCUUCGGGCUGCGGCAAGACCACUCUACUCAAUGUACUAGCACGACGUGCGGCGGCAUCCGGGGCCAAAGUACUGGGAGAGAGCUAUGUGAACGGCGCUAAGAUCGACUCGGGUGCCUUCGAGCGGAUGACCUCAUACGUCGAGCAAGAAGACGCCCUAAUCGGGUCGUUGACAGUGGAAGAGACGUUGAAUUUUGCAGCGGAUAUGUCGCUGCCUAGUUCCGUGUCGAAGCACCAACGCCUGGACCGCGUCCGAGCCCUUCUUGAAGCCUUCGGGAUCCACAAACAGGCAAACACGCUGGUUGGGACUCCAAUUCGCAAGGGAAUCAGUGGUGGCCAGAAGAGGCGUGUUAGUGUGGCCAGCCAGCUUAUUACGUGUCCGCGGAUUUUGUUCCUCGAUGAACCAACCAGCGGACUGGACUCGACCGCCAGUUUUGAGGUGAUGUCGUAUGCAAAGAAAUUGGCGCGGUCCAACAACCUCAUCAUCAUCGCGAGCAUCCAUCAACCCUCCACCACCACGUUUCAACUGUUCGACCAGAUUCUUCUGCUCUCUGCGGGACGAACCUGUUUUUUCGGGCCUGUUACCGAGAUCGAGGCUUACUUUCGCCGCAUCGGCCAUCCCAUUCCGUCGCAAACCAACCCAGCAGAGUAUCUUCUUGAUAUUGUCAGCUCGGAUUUUACCAACUCCAAAGAGGAGGCUCAAACGCGGGUUGAAGGAAUUCAGCUCGCCUGGGCAAAGGCCGCUGAGGCCAAUGCAGUAACGAGGAAGGGGGCGGGGCGAGCUCGGAUGGUGGAAAGCGAAAGUGAGAAAACAUUGAUGCAGGACUUGGCUGGGCCAGGAGCCAUUCGAAUCACCGCGGCACUGCUUCAUCGCUCAUUUAUCAAGAGUUAUCGUGAUGUAGUCGCCUAUGGGAUUCGUAUCGUGAUGUAUAUGGGACUGGCCAUCCUGAUGGGCACCGUGUGGCUACGCUUAUAUCCAUCCCAGGAGUACAUCCAGCCACUUAUCAAUGCAAUUUUCUUCGGCUCUGCAUUUAUGUCCUUCAUGGCCGUAGCUUACGUGCCAGCUUUCCUCGAAGACCGUGCCACUUUCGCCAAAGAACGAGCCAACGGACUGUACGGUGCGACGCCGUUCAUGGUGUCGAACUUGCUCAUCGGGCUUCCCUUUCUGUUUUUGAUCUCGAUGUUAUUUUCCAUCGUCUCGUACUGGCUCUCCAACUUUCGUCCCAGCGGUGAAGCGUUCUUCACGUGGGUGAUGUGGAUCUUUUUGGAUCUGGUCGCAGCCGAGUCGCUCGUGGUAUUCGUGACAGCCAUAUUUCCGAACUUCGUGAUCGCCCUCGCCCUGGUGGCAUUCGCCAAUGGAUUGUGGAUGAGUGUGGGCGGGUUUCUUGUGACGCCGACGAUUCUGAAUCCGUUCUGGAAAUUACGUGCAUAUGUAUUCCAGGGCAUGAUGGUCAACGAGUUCUCCGAGCGUAUCUACUCGUGUGGCUCGCAGUGCCAGUGCAUGUACAUCACAGAUCUGGCGCCCCAGUGCCAGAUCCGGGGGACGGGCGUGUUACAGACAUAUGGGUAUGCGACAGGGAGGACGGGCAAAUGGGCUGGGAUUCUUGUUGGGAUUAUUGCAGUUUACCGGCUCUUUGGAUGGAUUGCGCUCUACUUGCGCCGAACAUGA